AUGGGGAACCGGGGAAUGGAAGAUUUGAUCCCUCUGGUGAACCAGAUGCAAGAUGCCUUCUCUGCUAUCGGUCAAAAUGCAAACUUGGACCUGCCGCAGAUUGCCGUGGUCGGCGGCCAGAGUGCGGGGAAGAGCUCGGUGUUGGAGAACUUCGUCGGGAAGGAUUUCCUUCCCCGUGGCUCUGGCAUUGUGACUCGUCGCCCUUUGGUACUGCAGCUGAUCAACUGUCCCACAGAAUAUGCUGAGUUUCUCCACUGUAAGGGAAAGAAGUUUAUGGAAUUUGAUGAGGUUCGACAGGAGAUUGAGGCAGAGACCGAUCGCGUCACAGGCGCUAACAAGGGCAUCUCCCCGGUUCCCAUUAACUUGCGGGUCUACUCACCUCAUGUGCUCAAUCUGACCCUGGUGGAUUUACCAGGGAUGACCAAGGUGCCGGUGGGGGACCAGCCUGCAGACAUAGAGUUUCAAAUUAGGGAAAUGCUGAUGCAGUUUGUCACCAAGGAGAACUGCCUUCUGCUGGCAGUCUCUCCAGCAAACUCAGACUUGGCCAACUCUGAUGCUCUAAAGAUUGCCAAAGAAGUAGAUCCACAAGGUCAGAGAACCAUUGGUGUGAUCACCAAACUGGACUUGAUGGAUGAAGGGACUGAUGCCAAGGACAUUCUGGAGAACAAGCUCCUUCCACUUAGAAGAGGUUAUAUUGGGGUGGUGAACAGAAGCCAGAAGGAUAUUGAUGGUAAAAAGGACAUCAAUGCUGCUAUGGCUGCUGAGAGGAAGUUCUUUCUCUCUCACCCUGCAUAUAGACAUCUAGCUGACCGUAUGGGGACCCCCUACCUCCAGAAGAUUCUCAAUCAGCAACUGACCAACCACAUUCGAGAUACCUUGCCGGGGCUGCGGGCUAAGUUGCAGAGUCAGCUCCUUUCCAUCGAGAAGGAAGUGGAGGAGUACAAGAACUUCAGACCUGAUGACCCUUCUCGCAAGACCAAGGCUUUGCUACAGAUGGUGCAGCAGUUCUCAGUGGACUUUGAGAAGCGUAUUGAGGGCUCAGGAGACCAGAUCGACACUGCUGAGCUGUCAGGGGGUGCAAGAAUCAACCGCAUCUUCCAUGAACGCUUCCCCUUUGAACUGGUCAAGAUGGAAUUUGACGAGAAGGAGCUUCGCAAAGAAAUCAGCUAUGCUAUCAAGAACAUCCAUGGCAUCAGAACUGGCCUCUUCACCCCGGACAUGGCCUUUGAAACCAUUGUGAAAAGACAGAUUGGGAAGAUAAGAGAGCCUUGCACCAAAUGUGUGGACAUGGUCAUUUCUGAGCUAGUCAAUACAGUUAGACAGUGUACGAAGAAGCUGGCUCAGUAUCCCAUGCUGAGAGAGGAGAUGGAGAGAAUUGUAACCCAGCACAUCAGGGACCGCGAGAGCCGCACCAAGGACCAGGUAUUGCUGUUGAUAGACAUCGAGUUGUCCUAUAUGAACACCAAUCAUGAAGACUUCAUUGGAUUUGCCAAUGCACAGCAGAGGAGCAACCAAAUGAACAAGAAGAAGGCAGCCGGCAAUCAGGAUGAGAUCAUGGUCAUCAGAAAGGGUUGGCUGACCAUCAACAACAUCGGUAUCAUGAAGGGAGGAGCCAAGGAGUACUGGUUUGUUCUCACCGCCGAGUCGCUGUCCUGGUAUAAGGACGACGAGGAGAAGGAGAAGAAGUACAUGCUGCAGGUUGAUAAUUUGAAACUGAGAGAUGUGGAGAAAGGCUUUAUGUCCAGCAAGCAUAUCUUUGCUCUCUUCAACACCGAGCAGAGGAAUGUGUACAAGGACUAUCGUCAGCUGGAGUUGGCAUGUGAGAAUCAGGAGGAUAUUGAUGGAUGGAAAGCCUCCUUCCUCAGGGCUGGAGUUUAUCCUGAACGAGUGACGGAGAAGGAAGGCAAGAGUGACGGUGGGGAUGAGAAUGGCUCAGACAACUUUAUGCACAGCAUGGACCCUCAGCUGGAGCGGCAGGUGGAGACCAUCCGGAACCUGGUGGACUCCUACAUGGCCAUCGUCAACAAGACCGUUCGCGACCUGAUGCCAAAGACCAUCAUGCAUCUCAUGAUCAACAAUACUAAGGAGUUCAUUAAUGCUGAACUGCUUGCCCAGCUGUAUUCAUGUGGUGACCAGAACACACUGAUGGAGGAGUCCCAAGAACAGGCCCACCACCGUGAUGAAAUGCUGCGGAUGUAUCAUGCCCUUCGGGAGGCCCUUGGCAUCAUAGGUGACAUCAGCACCUCCACCAUUACUACCGCUAUGCCGCCACCUGUGGAUGACUCUUGGCUGCAGGUGCAGCGGAGCGGCUCUGGGGGAAGGUCUCCAGCCACCAGUCCAACUCCAAAUAGGAGAGCUCCACCCGGUCCCCCAGCCCGCCCAGGAUCUCGUGGACCACCCCCUGGACCUCCUCCAGCAGGGGGUCCCCCAGUUCCUUCUCGUCCAGGGGCAUCCCCAGACCCCCACAGUGGACCUCCACCCACUGUGCCCUCUCGCCCUAAUCGGGCUCCCCCCAGUGUGCCCAGCCGACCAAACAAAGGCGGGCCCUCUCGCCCAGAGAGCCCUGUGCCGCCUCUUGACUCUUAG